AUGACUAUAGAGGGGAAGACACAAGUAGACUUGAAAACCAAAGCGAUAGUACCCCUGUUGAAGAAGGGAGAUCAUUGGGAGCGCUCCAGUUGUCUUGGCGUUACCUUACUGAGAAAGCCUCCCUGGAAAAGUCUACGCAAAGGUGUUGGAAAGGAGGUGCCCCGGAAUUUCGAACAACAACGUGAUCUGGAGAUCAACGAGCUGCGACAAUCUUAUGACAGAAAAAUUACCGAGCUUUACAGAGAAUUAUGCAUGAAAAACAGUCAAUUGUCAGCCACUACCAGUCAGUUGAGAAUUUUGCAGAUGGGAAAUCAGUCUCCGACUCAACAAUUUUUACCCGAUGCCUGCCGGAAGUACCAUAAAAGCAAUGCGAACGAAUGCGACAGUCCGUUAUACGAUAGUUUUGCGAAACUGACCGAUGAGGAUUGGCUUAUGUCAAGCGAAAACCUGGAAUCGGAUGCCGAAAGGUCAAAUCUGAAGAAACAGCUACGGUCGUGGGUAGAAAAAUACAAGAGGCUGAAAUCAAAAUGUCGCGACCGACUUUCAUCAAUGAGCCAAGAACUACGUGGUAUUCGCGUUGAACUGGAAUCGACCAAGGUUCAACUGUCACUUCAAGAGUCCGAAAAUUUUGCUCUCAAAGCGGAAAAUAGCCAGGUUAGUAGGAUAUGGUUUAACUAUCCCUUCCCUGUCAGAAUGCUUGUUUUCUGGUGGUUUGGUUGGUUUCGCUUUUAAUU